AUGAGUCUACAUAGGCGUCACCUCGACGUCGAGCCUGACAGUGAACCUUCUUCAAGUCUCGAUGUUUACGACGAGCAUCCUCAGAACCUCAGAUAUGAGACUCCUCGGACCCUAGAAGUUGGACUGGCAUAUAUUACCAUUCAUCUUCUUUGGUUAUCUGUUCAAUGCCUUGGAUUGAAACAACAUAUCCAAUGCCAAAUCAGGUGGGAUGACGGAAGACCUACGCUUCCCACGAGAUGGAUAUCGUACUCUGCUAUGUAUCUUUUUCAUUCCUUUCACGAUUGGGGUAGUUCCUAUGGUUAUGUUGACUAG